AAUGAGCAUGAAGGGGAGAUUUCGCGAAGGCUGUUUGCAGCAAAUAGACCAGAGUGGAUAAGUGGAUAUAGUUCUUGAAGUUGUGUUCUAAAAUGUUUAGGAUUUAUAGCAUUUUAUUGUUUUCGGACAUUGUUUGGCGCACUGUCUCGGUUAGUCACUCCCUUCUGGGUACCUACACUGCAGUGAAUUCUGAUGAGUUCACUUGUGUCCUGUGGCUUGAUGGCGAAGCAGUCGACUCCUACAGUAGCAAUGGCACGGACAGUGUGCCCCGUAGAAAUUGGAUGCGUGAAAGAAGAGGCCGUUCUCUGUGGAAGUCUGUCAAACGCCGUAAUAUGGAGCACUGGAACAGAGGCAGAACUGACAUCUUAAAAAAUUACACAGGACUUAACAUGUCUGGUGCUGCCGUCCUGCAGGGGAGGUUUGGCUGUGAGAUCGAGAGAAACCCUGACUCUGGUAAAAGUCUUACGAGGACCUUUGCUCAGUACGGAUGGAACGGAGAAGACUUCCUGUCCUUCAACCUCAGCAGGCUUCAGUGGGUGGCUUCAGCAGGAUCUGCUGUCCCCAUGAAGAGGAAGUGGAACAGAGACCAGGGCAUCAUGAAGGAAACUAAGAAGUACCUGGAGGACAUCUGUGUGAUGCAUCUGAAGGACAUUUUGUCUUUUAAAGCAAAGGAGAGCAAGGAGACCCCUGAGCCCACAGCUGCAGUAUUCGCUAAGAGAUCCCUGAACCCUGGGAAGGUUAUUCUGACCUGCCUAGUUUCAGGAUUUCACUGCAGAGACAUGACGGUGGAGGUUUAUCGGGAUGAUGACAUCGUCACUGAAGAAGACAGCCUUUUGUCCUCUGGGAUCAGACCAAACGGGGAUGGGACCUGCCAGCUGAGAAAGAGUUUGGACAUCUCUAACAGCACUGAGGCAUCGUAUAGCUGUGAAGUCCUGUUCGGAAGUCUUAAACAACUGGUCAAAUGGGAUGGGAAGAUAUGGGACCGGGCUGCACCAAGACAAGGCUACAACACGAGACGUCACUACUGGUGGCUUAUUAUACCACUUUUUGGGUUUUUCAUCUUGAUACUGGGAGUGAUCUACAGAUGGUACACAGCACACAGAGAGAGAUUGAUUGACGCCAGCGAGAACAGCCAGCUGUAAGCGGGCGUACCUGCAGGAGACGCACCACGAGUCGAACCCGGACCACGCCGAGUCGCGCUCGGAGGACGACUCCGAGGCCGAGCCCUUCUCCGAAAGUGAGGGGCUUAUCUCCAUGGACGGGUCGAACAAUGAGGGGGACCCAAUGGCACAUGAAGCCAAUUCAUGGAGGCUGCCAUGUUUGACUAUGGGCUUUAGGCACCGGAGUGUGCGCACCACUGAAGUGUACUUCACUGGUGCAUGCUGGGUACCUAAACGUAAAGGAUCACAGUAAACGCAGAGCAGUGAAGUUAACCCGUGGGGCUGCGCCCCGAGAGCUUUCACGAACUGUGACUUUACUGGCCAGCUGCAGGAAUUUGUGGAAGAAAACAAGUGACUCGUAAAGUCAAGAUUUAGCCAUGGCUACAAGUUUAUGUAGUGGCAAAGAGGAAAAGAAGUUUGAGUACAUUAACCUGUAAUGUGGAUGUUUGUCCGAAUACGGGUUUGUGUAUACAUGUAUUGACUGGGGUGUGCUGAAAUAGACUUGUACCCCGGAGAGCAAGACUAUCUACAGGCAUUCAUCUAAUUGUUCAGUGACAGAAGACCUUCUAUCCGAGUAGGUAAAGGUGCUACUAAUCCGGGAAUCUUGAAAAUAAUGUUUUUGUGUCACAAAGAAGCAACAUUAAAAAUAUGUUUGUCCAGGCACCAAAUCUGACCUAUCCCAGGGAGCCUUAGUUAAGGUUACUCCAUCUGGUUAGUGAAACAAUCUUAAUAUCCCAGACCGUGACCCCUCUGUUAUUUAUAUGAAGUAACACUAGGGUCCAUCUGGACACUGACUCAAACAGAUAUCCCGGAGCAGCUGCACUGUCGGCUAGUGAACCUAUCGAUACGCCCAGGAGGUAACCCGCUUACAGUGUUACCCCAGGGCCGCAUACAAGGCCAAUACACUGACUGGUCCUCGCUACGCCUUGGAAUACCAGCGGGUUUGUGCUGGCCGUGAUGUCCGCGAAAGGAGUUCCUGUGUCAUGCGUAUUAUAUUAGCUUAACCAUAUACGUUGAGAACCAUUCAUAAUCAUAUCGUGUUUAUAUUUAGAAGCAUACAGCAGGUCUUGUUACAGCUAUAGGUUUUAUCAUCUUGUGUGUUGCAUUAGGUUAGCAUUUUAUCGUGCAUAAUCACUGUUUAAUCUCUCUAUUAAAAUUUGUUAUUGUUAUAAAAUGAUCCACUAACAAACUCAUACAGAGGUAUUUGAAUUCACCAAUAUCGAACGAAACUUCCCUCGAAUGUAACUGUUACGUGAUUAAGGUUGAUUAGUGAUUUGUGGCUGUUUCGGGUUCCGUAUUCUAACAGUGAUGA